UGGACCGAAGUGGUGCAAUCUCGCUGACAUUGUUGUCGAUCUUUGUCGCACACAUGACGAUUCGCAAUGACUACACGACAGAUUUCUUGCUGAAGAGUCCGGGGACUGUUUCUGGAAUCGCGGUUAUUCGUAAGGAAUCGAUUGCCCCUCAGAGAAUGUACAAAAAGCGCCAGUCUGUCUACAUCUACAUCGGGACUAUAUCGACCUCGUGGAAAGAUUCGAUCGGACCUUCUCGAGCAAACAACACAUAUUGCGAAAAGACUAACCAAAAUGAAAAGAACACUGAAAGAUGGCCCUGAACGCACACGGGAAAAUAAUGUUGAAAGUCGGCCGAGAGGUCGCAAUCGCAAAACCUGGAAAUCUCUUCCGACACGUUUACUUACCUUGUCGCGGCUUUCGAGAUCAUUCUCGUUGGCUUUUACUUUUACAACUCACUCUUGUAGGGAUUUUGGGACCUUAUUUCCCUCGGUUGUUAAUAUAGAGAAAAAUCACAGCAGUAAAAUAGCGAGCUGAUAAUUUUGUUUUUUUAUGUGCGGAAGCAUGUGAAAGAAGAAAGACGAGCCUGCUACGCCCUCACAUCGACAUACUUUGUGACGAAUCAUGCGUGGGCCAGUCGCGCGUCCAAGUAAUUCAUCGAGAGGGCGUUUGGAGGGCUACGGCGCUGCAAUUUCAGGUAUGUCUUCUGGCAUGAUAGUGCACCGGGCGGUCGAGUCCGAUCGGCGACACUCGCCGUCGCGAGACGACCCGAGCCUGAGUAAACCUGACAUGACGGUUGGCCAGAGGGCGAUUCUUGCCGGUGCGUUGUUCAUGAAAGGCGGCCUUUUGGGAGCUUACAUCCCGUUUGUGUCAUUGUGGACGCACUUACAUGGCUACAGUCCGACACAAGUCGGCUGUCUUGCAGCAGCGGACAUCUUGUUUUCGAUAAUCCUCGUGCCUCUUUACGGUUUCGUCCUUGAUCGAUACAAAUGUCACAACUACGGACUGGUACAAUAUCACCUCUACUCUUAAUGGAUUUCAGCAACUUUUGAUUUUGUACACCAAGGAAGUAGUUUUUACUAAAGCAACAGCCAUUCGGUGUUGUGCAACCUUAUCGAUCCAUCGAGAUUGUAUUUGCAAGGCUGAGGUUUGGUAUGUAGCGUACGACUUAAUCCUUACGAACAUCUUCAAUCUAAACAUUCCAGGUAGCGACCAUGAUAGCCACGGGAGUUUUAAAAGGUCUCUACGUUCCGUGCGCAAAUUCCUUUCUCCUGUUACUUUUACUCACGUCCAUAACCGCGCCUUGUCUCAAAGGAUGCAACUCGGUCCUCGAUGCGCAGUGUCUCUACGCAUUCGGUGAGAAGGCGAAGUUUGGACAAGUGAGAUGUUUCGGAAACUUCGGCUUUGGCGUGUUGGCAAUGUGCACCGGCCUCUAUGUUAGCGCAGGAACCUCACAAGAGACGCCUUACCACCGCGUCGACCAACUUUUCGUCGUUACUGCAGGAGUUUGCUUUUAUGGAAGAUGUUUGUCUUUCUUGAGCAAUAGUCGGCGCUGAAUCCCGCAUUUCUUGAUCUCGAGGGCCGUUGACGGCCGCGAAUGCUCAACAUGUUGCCCAGUGUUGUUCCCCGUUGCUUGUCUGCUUCUGCAGCGACAAAUAUUUCACAUUUCGAUGAAGACGUAUUGAAUAUGUGGAACUUACUAAAAGUCCAUCCUUUUUCUUCAUAUUUGUCUCGCAGCUGUGUACUGGGCAUCCCUGCACAAAUAUGUGGAGAACGUCACGCCGGACACCCCUGAACAACCCCAGUCGGGUCAUUGGUGCAGCGAAGCCAUAAAAAAAGCGAAGCUCAUCUGGCGUACACCAGGCUGCCCGCGUACGAUUGCAGGACUCGUUGUCUUGGGUUUAUGUUAAAUACCAGCUUAUUUCCUUCAUGGGUGUUUAUCUUUAUUUUAGACGUACUUAAUUAUGGAAAUGGAUAUUUUUUGAAGAUGUCUAACAAGAUUUCCAACAAAAUUUGUGUCUGUCGAUGUAUAAAAUAUGUAACUGUGCUUGGUUAUUUCAUCCGUGUUUUUAGAACAAGAGGUCGCCAUGCAUUUCCUGAGUCUGAACACUUUCAUUUUCGAUGCAACUUGGUGUGAUUGGCGCGUACGAAUUCAUAAUGCUAUCGGAACUCAACGCUGGUGUUGAUUUUAUGGGCGCGUGCCGGCUAGUUGGCAUGUUCUUCGAGCUUCCGGUGUGGCUCGCCGGCAUGUCUCUUGUUGACCGCGUGUCACUCCCAACGGCGCAAAUCAUGAUGCUCCUCGUAAAUGGGAUUCGACUCUACAUGUACUUCCAUGUAUUCUCUUGCAUAGAUGCUCGUUGCACUCGACGGCCCUAAACGUGACAAGAGAGAAUUUCCACUAUAUUUAUCGUGAUAGAUGAUAAUCAGGUAAAGGCGUGUGUACAAUAUUUUGCUAUCCCAAUUUUUUGACAGAUACGGUAGCCUGACACGACCUGUCGAGGCCCUUUACGCAGAAGCUUUCGCAGGUUUCAGUUUUGCUUUCCCCUAUUUGUCGAUAACCGUUUACCUAGGACGGACUUUUGCUGAGAGCACUAAAGCCAGUAUGCAAACAGGGGUCCAAACUGCGUUUACCGGAAUCGGAACCGGAUUGGGCACCAUUACUGGAGGCCUUUUGAUCGAUAUUGCCUUCGGGGGAGAAAUUCAGUUACGUCAUUCAGUUACGUUUACAACGAACUCGUUCUUGACUAGGGCGAUCGUCACUCGAUUCUAUUGGGGAAAAAACACACAUGCUCGCUUUGGUAUCUAUUGCUGGCUAAGACGUACAUGAAUAAAAGAGAUUCCCUCUGAUUUUUACAUAUCUCAGUGGAUCUGCUCUAAUGUCAGCCUUGUUCCGCGGAUUUUCAUACCUAACUGUGCUCAUAUCUGUGGCUUUGCUCACUGCAGAUUUGGUCUUCGGUUUCCCACAAAUAGCGGGAUCGGGCAAGAGGCAACUGGAUUUGGACGAUAUUAGUAGUUGUACAGAAAACACGACGACCAAGAGUAAAAAUAGUCAUCUCUUUGCUGACGAAAGACUAGGAGAACAGCGAUACGAAGAUGAAGAGGACGAGAUGCGCUACGGCGGCUGGCCCGCGGACGACCGCGUCAAUGAAACGACGCCAGCGCUUGCGUCCUCACCCAUCAUACCAACUCAGGAUUGGAGGACAAGUUCAGGUGGAAGACGAGAAGACCUUCAUGGACAUGGAAUAAACCAUCGGCCAGCACCUACGCCGAAUCUACAACAGCGUAGUCCACCUGGUGGUGGAGCGGGGGCUUCAUCUUCACCGCCAAAGGAUAAUGGAGGAGGCCGCAAUAGAAUAAGAUCAGAGGGGGAGGACGACUCUCGAAGCGUUCAAUUAGAGCACGUGCACUUGGUGCAAGACAAAGUGAGCAGUAGCGGUGGCAGUGGCGAAGCUCUUUCUAGCGGCUACGGCGAUUUCUCGAUGGCUUCGCCUGCCGAAAAGGCUGCCGCAGGCAAGCCAGGGGCCUUCGGAGAAAUCGACUCACUCUCAACCACAAGCGCACCCGCAUCAUCCUCAAUUAUGGCUAGCACGGCUAUGCUCCACACUUUAAGCACCUGCCGAGACAUCACAUCAUAUUCAAGGUCUGAAACAGCAAACGCGUGAAUCAGUUCAAUCAAUGACUGCGUUCGCCCCUCAGCAUCUCUAUGAAUGUUCUUCUAAUCGCAGUGCCAGUGGCGGCCCAUCGAAUCCAUCCAGCAGUCCCGCACGGCGACCAGACUACCUGCAUUCAGCUCAACCUUCUGGUCUCCCGGAACAACUCGUGGCAUCUACGGGUAGUUCAACCCCACAGAAAUCCCUAACCAGCACCAGUGAUAUAUGAAAAAAGACAGAGAAGGACGGACAUGAUCAGACAGACUCCACGCUAUUAUCAGUUUUAUGUCACAUGAUAAGUUCUCCUGAUAUUACUGCUGGUGAAAUCUCCCUCGCAACAGCAUCCACCCUUUACAUUUUUGUUAUUUGUAGCUUGACUAUCUAUUCUAAGACUAUUGAUCACUGGUCUCUAUUCUGCACAGCGAGAUCAUAGAACUGGAUUGCAGAGUUUUUUUGCAUACGAGUAACGAAGCCGAGCUAAUUUUCUAGAUAUUGAUAGCUGAGUCUUUUAUUGCGUUUUCCUUUAUCUUUUGCAGAGCGCAUGGUGUGCAUGAAUCUAAAUCUCCAAGAAGAACUAAAUUAAAGAAAUCAUUUGUUUCCCGCGCUUCAAAGCUUACUUUCCACGAUCGAGCAUGUAAGUAAGUACGUCGUCGCGCUCGCGGGUGUUUGUCGUGUCAACCACGUGGCAAGACGGUUUAUUC